CAUGCGCACUGACUGGUAAUAGCAAGGUGGGAAAAUUCGUUCUGUCGCUGCCAACUGCACUCUCGUAACAAAAUCAUGGGUUUUAGAAGAAAUUAGAAGCUCCGUGGACUUUUUUCUGGGGACAAACACCCUCUGCAGCUAAAGCCUGAUCCACAAUGAAGAUCGCAGUAGAAGGCUGCUGCCACGGCGAGCUGGACAAGAUCUACGAGACGAUCGAGUAUCUGGAGAAGAAGGAAGCGGUCAAAGUGGAUCUGCUGCUCUGCUGCGGAGACUUCCAGGCGGUGCGCAAUGAGGGGGACAUGAAGUGCAUGGCAGUACCCGCCAAGUACAGGACGAUGCAAACAUUUUACAAAUAUUAUUCUGGGGAGAAGAAGGCUCCAGUGCUGACCAUCUUUAUCGGAGGGAACCACGAGGCCUCCAACCACCUGCAGGAGCUGCCGUACGGCGGCUGGGUUGCACCCAACAUUUACUAUCUGGGUUACGCUGGCGUCGUUCGCUAUAAAGGGAUCAGGAUUGGCGGCCUAUCUGGAAUCUUUAAAUCCCACGACUACAGAAAAGGUCACCAUGAAUUCCCGCCAUAUAAUCCUGAAACUCUUCGGAGCGUUUACCACAUCAGGAAUAUUGAGGUGUUUAAACUGAGACAGAUUCAGAUGCCCAUAGACAUUUUCAUGAGCCACGACUGGCCGCAAGGGAUCUACCACUAUGGAAACACGGGGGAUCUGUUGCGUAAGAAGAAGUUUCUGCGGCAGGAAGUGGAGACGAACACCCUGGGAAGUCCGGCUGCCAAGGAGCUGCUCGCUCAUCUCCAGCCCAGCUACUGGUUCUCUGCCCAUCUACACGUAAAGUUUGCUGCCGUCAUGCAGCAUCCACCUAAGGAUAAAGCAGCCCCGCGUGUGACCAAGUUCCUGUCUCUGGAUAAAUGUCUCCCCUACAGGGAGUUCUUGCAGAUUGUGGAUAUUCCAGAUAGGCCAAGCUCAUCUGAGGGUCUGGAAUACGAUCCAGAGUGGGUUGCUAUUCUAAAAGCCACCAACAGUUUACAAAUGACCACUCCUCAGCGCUGGAACCCCCCAGAGAAUAAUGGCCUGCAUGAACGGUGGGACUUCAGAGCUUCGGAGGCAGACAUGAUGCAGGUGGUGGAAGAUCUCAGCGGGGAGCUGGAUAUUCCAGACAACUUCAGCCGUACGGUGCCACCAUACGACCCCGGCAACCCCCAGCCAUACGCCUCCCCGAGCUACAACACCAACCCCCAGACAACAGAGCUCUGCGCCAAGUUCGGCCUCACGGACAUCUACUCCAAGGUCGGGCAGAGAGGCGAUGACGUGGGCAUGUCUCAGAGCAGCACCGGAGGGGAGGACGAGGAUGAGGAGAAUGAAAGUACAGAUGAACCCAGCGAGUAUCCGACUGAUACCUCGGGGUUGUCAAGUUCCUUUAACCCUGAUGAGAUCACCAUAGAGGACGAGUGGGAAGAAGAAGAAGAGGAGGAAGGAGGUGAAUCAAAGAUGAUGGAGAAGGCAGACUUGUCCUCAGACAUCCAAACCCCCAGUCGAUUGGUUCUACCAGAGCCCAAAUCUUGUGUCACCCCCUCCCUCCAUUCCUCCCCGAUGAACCUGCCUCCUCCCUCCCACUCUACCCCUAAAGCUGCUCCCGCUCAGUUGGAGGCCAGUCAGGAAGGACAGUGUGACGGCGUUGAAGAGGAGGUCCCUGCCGCUCGCAUCCUGAAACGGAGCAGCAAUGAGAGCAACAAGGCAGGCAACGGAGGCACGACUCCAAGAAUCAAACGCAGGAACCAGGUCAUUUACCAGGCCAAGGACGAUGACGAGAGUGAUGGUUAGAGCGCAGGAAGUGGAUUUCUUUAUUAAAAUUUCGUUUUAUGUGUUUUAAACAAGCCCAGAGCAUUUUAGAAAACAUGAUUUUUGAGUUACAGUUUUGUACUGGAGAUUUCUGAUUUAACAGCAACAAUAAAAGCUGAAGGUUUUUUUUAAUGAA